GAAGCAUCAAUUUAGACUUUCAGGGCGCUGCACAGCUAUAGGUCUGCCUUUUUCGAGGUCGAGGUCAAAAGAGCCGAAGGAUUCCCUUAAGCACUAGCAAAACAUGUCAACAUUCACUCGCCAUCUGGCGGAGUUCCGUCCUCACGCAUGGAGACCAGAGCUCAGACAUGGAGGACAAUGCCCCAGCAAAGGAGACAGCAACCGAACAGCUUGCCUACGACACAUUCAACCCUGAUCGCACAGAGACAAUCUUGUUCAUCCACGGCGCAUUUGGAAGCGCUGUAGAUUGGGACCUUGUCACUCCACAUCUGAAAGAGCAACAUCUACUAUUGCCCGACCUACCGAGUCAUGGUCGCUCUCACAAAAUCAAGCCAUUCUCGCUGGACUACGCCGCUGACUUACUGGCUGACCUCAUAAAACGCAUAGCGCAUGACCAGAAAACCUAUGUCAUCGGUCACAGCUUAGGAGCAAGUGUUGCGAUUCGUCUUGCCACACGGUAUCCGAAUCUCGUCCACUUGGUCCUGGUAUCCGGAGUCUGCAAAUUGCCACGAUCGUGGUCCACCCCAUAUCUCCCGCGAGCUGUUUGGCUGAAUGCGCGAGUGGAAUACGCUAUACCGCGAGCAGGCACUCGUUGGCUUGUAGAUGGCACAGACCUGAAACGACCGAAUCUGUCGCGCGUAGACAUGGAGCUUGCUCGUGAGAUUUUCGCCGAUUCUCUCAGUAGCGAUGCGGAUCAGUGGCCAUGCUCAUGGCCGGCCAAGACACUCAUCGUUGCAGCCACGAAGCGAGGAACCGUGCCGUCGAAUGACAGCGUUGAGGUGGCGAAAAAGAUGGCCGAGAUCGGGCGAGAGUCGAACCCAGAUACUCUUGCUAUUGAACAUCCUUUGAUGCGCCAUCCCUGGACGAGACAGGAUCCGGCACUUUUUGCGGAACUUGUGAAGGCUUGGCUGGAGGAUAAGCCUUUUUCCGCGGAUUUUAAGACUCUGUGA